AUGUCAAACGAAAAACCUUUGAACCAGUCUCGCAAUAGCGAAAAUGAAAACUUUAACGAUCAUGAUGAAAUGAAACAGCCGUGGAAAAUCUCGAAGCGUGGCCUGCUAAUUUUCGUCACUAUUUGCGUCUUGACCCUCAUGGUUGCCCUUGACAGCACGUCUAUCGGAGUUGUCUUGCCUUUCAUCUCCAGAACCAUCAAUUCAUCAGCAAUCGAGACUUUUUGGGCUGGCACAGGCUUCCUUUUAUGUUCAACUGUAUUUCAACCGACUUUUGUCUCUUUCUCUGAGAUCUUUGGACGCCGUCCUCUUUUCUCAAUUGCCAUACUCUUUUUCCUCGUCGGAGCUAUCGUCGCUGGCGUAUCUCAGAAUGCUGGCCAGCUACUAGUGGGCCGAUGCAUCCAAGGAAUGGGAGGUGGUGGUAUCUCCGCUAUUACGGAGGUCCUAAUCGCCGACCUGGUCCCAUUGCGGCAACGUGGUCAAUAUUACGGAAUCAUGAACGGCACAUGGAGCAUCGGCUCUGUCUGUGGCCCGAUCAUAGGUGGUGCCUUUGCCAGUGCUAAUUGGCGAUGGGUCUUCUAUAUAAACUUCCCAUUCAUCGGAAUUGGUAUUGUCUGCGUGAUUUUCUUCUUGAGAUUGCACUUCAUACCAACAUCCCUAUCUGAGAAGCUGCGUCGGAUUGACUAUAUUGGCACUGUUAUUUUCAUCGGCAGCACGACAUCAUUCCUUAUUCCAUUAUCCUGGGGAGGCGUUAUGUAUGACUGGAAUUCAUGGAGAACUCUCGUACCUCUAAUCAUCGGAGUCGUGGGAUGCCUUGGGUUUGGGGUCUAUGAGGCCUAUGUCACGUCCGCCCUUAUCAUCCCGGUAGCUCUCUUCAGAAACCGAACGACGACUGUGUCUUUUACUGGUGCGAUUUCCUCUGGUUUACUGGUCUGGUGCAUCGUCUACUAUAUGCCGCUAUACUUCGAGGCUGUCAAAGAAUAUAGUCCCGUCGUGACUGGUGUUGCGAUGUUUCCUCUGACAUUUACUGUGGCUCCAGCUGGCAUUGUUGCCGGUGUAUUGAUCACCAAGUUUGGCAAAUAUCGUUGGGCCAUCUGGUCUGGUUGGUCUAUUGCUACGCUUGGUCUCGGCAUCAUGUGUCUCCUUGAGGUCCAUACGAGCAUUGUGAAGUGGGUUUUCUUGAAUCUUAUUUCCGGUAUUGGCCUGGGAUUUAUCUUUCCAUCCAUAGCUUCUGCAAUCCAAGCCUCAGUCUCACGCGAGAAUGUGCCUAUGGCUCUGGCUAUGUUCAGUUUCUUCCGGUCCUUGGGCCAGGCCAUUGGAGUCGCCAUUGGAGGCGCCGUCUUCCAGAAUCAAAUGGUCAAAAACUUAAGAGAUUAUCCCUCUCUCGCUCCCCAUGCCCAAGAAUAUGCUGCCGAUGCCACUGGACUGGUCCAGAUCAUCAAAGCCAUGUCAUAUAAUCAAGACAAAUUAGAUAUCCAGCAGGCUUAUACAGACAGUCUUCGGAUCGUAUGGGCGGUAUGCUGCGGCCUGUCAGGAGCCACUCUCCUGGUGAGCCUGCUUACGAGGAGCUAUAGUAUUGACCAGGACCAGGCUACCAAUCAAGGUGUUAUCGAAAAACAUGAGCGCAAAGUGGAGGAUGCCAGUCCAGUGGCUUGA